CUCCUCCUCCUCCUGCUCCUGCAGCACCGCUGGCUGGGCUGGGACGGGACACUUCCAGCGCACCGAACAUUUACCUGCCUCCCACCGCCGCUGCGUACAGACCGCCUGCACACCUUCAUCGGCGUGGAGGAUGCGGACGCCAGGGAUGUUGGUGACGGCAUGAGGAGGCAGCGGCUGCGGGCGGUCAGCCUGGUGUGGAGUUGAAGAGGUUGCGGCGGGAUCGCGCAGCGACGGAGGGGUUUCCCUCAGAUCUCAUCCGGCCAUCUGGAGAUGAGUGCGGGGGACAGAAUGCGCCUGCAGGAUGCCACCUGCUCUCUGCGCUCUCCCUGAUCCUGUUGGGGCGACUCGGAGGAUCGCCCUCAGCACCCGGACACCUGCCUGACCCGUCACACCCAGCAACCAAUGAGCUGACUCCUGAGGAACCGGAGACACCCGUUCUGACCCACGUUCACGUUUGGCUGCGCGUUUUGAACGUUGGCAGGCGUCGCUGUGGGCCGAGCUAAAAACAAAGCAGGCCUCAGAGUCUUUCUGAAUCCGUCGUGUUCGGAGCGGCCCGCUGUGGAGCAGCGCGCCUCCAGAUGCCGCCAUGCCCAUCAUCAGCAACACCAACCAUGACUUCAGCAAUCUGUCGGUCAGCGACGACAGCAGUCUGGACCGGAUCUUCACCGAGAUUCCAGAGACCGAGACCAUCAAGGGCGUGUACUACCAGAGAGCGCAGUUCAUCCGCAGGCCAGAGGACCUGGUGUCCGUUGACCACGCCUCGUUGGCCGUGAUAAACGUGGGGGGGAACCGUUACACGUUCCCCUGGACCACGCUGGAGCAGUUCCCCCUCACCAGGCUGGGCCGCCUCUGCGGCUGCCGCUCGCUGGAGGACAUCGCCAGCGUGUGCGACGACUACGACGAAGCCAGGAAGGAGUUCUUCUUCGACCGCUCCCCGUCCGCCUUCAAGGUCAUCCUUAACUUCCUGGCGGCGGGAAAACUGCGGCUCCUGCGGGAGAUGUGCGUCCUCUCCCUGCACGACGAGCUGAACUACUGGGGGGUGGAGAUGGCGUACAUGGAGCGCUGCUGCAAGAGGAAGAUGUACACGCGCAUCGAGGAGGUGAACGAGAAGGAGCGGCGGGAGGAGGAGCGGCGGCAGAGGAACGCCAUGCAGCGAGUGCCGGUGGAGGAGACCAGGUACAGAAAGGUGAUGAACUGGCUGAGGGACACGGUGGAGAACCCUGAGUCGGGCCUGCCUGGGAAGAUCUUCGCCUGCCUGUCGGUGAUCAUGGUGGCGGUGACUGUGGUCAGCCUGUGCAUCAGCACCAUGCCGGACCUCAGAGAGGAGGAGGACCGGGGCGAGUGUUCCUCCAAAUGCCACAACAUGUUCAUCAUAGAGACGGUGUGUGUGGCCUGGUUCUCCCUGGAGUUCAUCCUGCGCUUCAUCCAGGCGCCCAGCAAGCUCGGCUUCCUCCGCGGGCCGCUCAAUAUCAUCGACGCCAUGGCCAUCCUGCCCUACUACGUGUCGCUGGUGGUGACGGAGGAGGACCAGAGCUCUGAGCACGAGCGGCCCGGUGGCGGUAAGGGCUAUUUGGACAAACUGGGUCUGGUGCUGAGGAUCCUGCGGGCGUUGAGGAUUUUGUACGUGAUGCGGCUGGCUCGCCACUCCCUCGGCCUGCAGGUGCUGGGGCUGACGGUGCGCCGCAGCACCCGGGAGUUUGGCCUCCUCCUCCUUUUCCUCUGCGUGGCGGUCACCCUGUUCUCCCCUCUGGUCCACCUUGCUGAAAGCGAGCUCACCGGCACCCACGACUUCAGCAGCAUCCCCGCCUCCUACUGGUGGGCCAUCAUCUCCAUGACCACCGUCGGCUACGGCGACAUGGUGCCCAGGUCCAUUCCGGGGCAGGUGGUGGCGCUGAGCAGCAUCCUCAGCGGCAUCCUCAUCAUGGCUUUCCCCGCCACCUCCAUCUUCCACAUGUUCUCCCGCUCCUACCAGGAGCUGAAGAUGGAGCACGACCGUUUGUUCAAGGAGGAGUGUGAAGCCGCGGCGGCGGCGGCGGCGGCUGCCACGGGCGGCGUGCAGGAGGUGGGCGGUGAGGACGGGGAGGAGGAGUCGCCUCCGUCUGAACACCAUGAUAAAAACGAGGGUCUGUCGGUGGAGUCUCUGGCUCUGCUGGGGAAAGUUAACGAGGCGGCAGGAGCUAACAACCACAGUCUUCCUGCAGCAGCUUUCUAAGAGGCACGCUGGGUGCUGAACCUUUAUUAAAACACGUUCACUGAUCUUUGUGCCGCUUAAAACACAAGAAAUACCAAGGGACUAAUACCCCAAAAGCCUAACUGCCCAUUACUGGCAUCUGCAUUAUUUUGGAUACAAAUAAUUGUUGUUUUUUUUUGCUUUUUAUUGCAUUGACUAGUGUGUGAAGACAAACUGGAGGACUGACAACCCUUUAAACUGGUUCUGUGUGUCUGACCAGAAGGCCUCUGCAGCAAUAUUAGAAACAGGCUGCUUCCAUAAACUCGCAAUAGUAAAUCCAAAGUUGCUUUUCCUUCCACUGUGAAAAUACUUAAGACUGACUGCAACGUCUGUUGAUACUUCAUUUCUAUUUAAUAUAUUGCCUCAAGUAUGAUCUAAAACUGUUUCAUACUCAACCUUUCUGCCAUGAAUGCAAAUAAAUGCACUUCCUAGUUUUAAAUAUGAGAAGCUUCAAGCCAUGUUCCGCGAAGAAAUAAUAAAUGCAUUCUGACCCAUA